CUCUGUCUCCUGUGCUCACCAACUCUUAAGGUUAAACACAGGAGCUAUGGCGUCUACGUUUAGCGUUGCCGAUGAACGAGACAAGUAUUUCAAUGCACAAUCCACUGGUUCCACAAAUAAAAGUCAAGAUGGGGAAGAAAACACUGUGCCUACGUUUAUUAAAGACUUUAUCCAGCAGAAGCAAAAACUACUAGACGAUUUCGAGAGGACAUUCCUGCUGCCUACCAACUCAAGUGAUGCAAUAGCUUGCUUGGAAAAAUGUACAAUCGAUAUCAAAUGCGUCGCUACCCUUGUUUUGAAGGGCAGUGUGAAGCAUGUGAAAGAACAAUAUGAGGUGAAGCUUACGCCAAGAGAAACGAGUAAUCUCAAGAAACUGCCUAUCACUCCCCCAUCCAAGGACCAGACCAUGACCGUCGUCGAUAAGACAAAUGAUGCAAAGAAAGAGAAAAGUAAGGGCUCCCAUCUUCCUCUAUCAUCGACAAAUGAUGCAAAGAAAGAGAAAAGUGAGGGCUCCCUUCUUCCUCUAUCUCGUAUUCUUUGAACUUCAUUGUAGAUGAGUUUACUUCUAUGUUAAUGAAAGCUGUUGAUAUAAGUUUGAUCAAGGGAUUAUUAAUCCCUGAUAUAAUUCUUGAUGUACAGUUUUCAAUAUGCUGAUGAGAGCGUCAUGUUCCUUGAAAAUUAUAUUUGUACUGUUAGAAAUGUUGAAUGGUCACUUUCUUUGAACACUUAUUAGGAAAGAAAAUCAUUUUCCCGAAAGUGAUUUACUUGCCCAUAAUUGAGAUGACAAAGUGCACUUGAGUUUGCUUGCAUGAUUUUCUUGCAAAUUGAAAGAUUUUCAUUUUACAUAUUUGUGUACUCCUUUUCAUCUGAGUAAAUUGCCUAAAGAGGAACACCGAACUAUGGGAGAUAAACUAGAUUAAUGACUUUUAUCUUUCCACUUUGUUCUGGGACCUUUAUUCUAUUUAUAAUGAACACAACAUUAUUAUUUAUUGCGCUUGGUAUUAUAUAGCGGCACAAUGCACAUAUUGCACGAAGCCAGGACUCUGAAGCAGGAGAUUUCCGAUUUUAUGCCAUGCAAUUUUUUCUAGUUUAUGAGGAUACCAUCUCCUCUAUACUUUAUAUACGCCGGACUUGGGAUCGAAUCAAUACAAGAUAAAUAUUCCAAUUUUCUUCACUUGGGAUGCUACUGAUAUUGAAUAUAAUUCACAUUUAUGACAAGUGAUGAUAGGCAUAUGUUAGAUCAUUGGAACGAAUUGAUUCGGUUGAUUUUCUCUGUUCGGUCAUAUUAUUCAGAAGCAUUUUGACUCUUCAUUAUAGUAGUGUAUAUUCAACAAAAUGCACGAAUCGCAUUGUUAACAACACCGGUGUUAAACCGUCAUUUUGCCAUGCUCUCUGGUAUCUUAUGAUUCCUCCCAUGGUUUUAAAUAGUGCGCUAUAGCAUGCUAUAGCGUUUACAAGAGGUCUUGCGUUAAGGGACAUUGAUCAAAACACAUGAACAAAUAUUUUAAUAGCGCGCUAUAGCGUUUAGAAUAGGUCCUCCACUAAGAGGAUGAACACCUAUUUAAAACUAUGAUUCCUGCUAGGAUCAAGUAUUCUCGUGCUAGAUUGCCAUCAACCCAUUUCCAACUUGUUUAUUUUUCCUGGCAUAUGAAACCAUAGAUCAUCUCUUCUUUUGUUACAUUCUUGCAAAGAGGUGUGACAAAUAAUUAUUGAUAUGUUUAAUUUUCAUCUUAGUUCUUAUUUGUAGUCGAUUGCGCAAUUAUGGCUUCCUAACAAAAACAAAAGGACAUUGAACAUUUUCAUUUAUGGUGCUCUUUGGAGCACAUGGUCUUUAAGCAAUAAUAUGUGU